AUUGCACUCAGUGAACAUUCAAAAUGCAUCUCACAAAGACCCUCGUAGCAGCCAUCCUGCACUUUGCCGUGACCCACGCCCAAUGUGGCACGGCCGAUGCCUGUGUCCUAACUGAGACCUGCUCAACCUAUACCCGCACCACACCUACAACAACCACAUUUGCCACCUGCGUGCCUACCCCGACAUGUCUUAAAGUCUACCAGGAUUGCGAAUCCGGCGGAUCCGGAGACAUAUGUUGCUCGACUUACUGCGCGGCUACGAAAUGUCGACCUACAGACCCUAAGUGGCCAAACUGUAGGGAGGAUUUGGAGUUGUGUGAGGCGGAUGAGGAGUGUUGCUAUAAUAAUAAAUGUGUGGAGGGAUUAUGCCGCAAGGCGUAGUUUGCUUGAUGUUGAAUGUCUGUUUUCCUAAUGUAUCCUAUUCCUGUAUGCAUUCAUCAUUUCC